UCCGAGCGGCCCAGGCCCAUUUCAGCUAGAACUGUGCAAUCCUCUAGGCUCAACCCACUCUCACACCGAUGACCGAUCCGAAGCCGCCGGCGACCAUCUCCGGGGAGGCAGGGGAAGCGGUGACGAGGUGGCGAUAAGGCGGAGGAGCUGAGGCGGGGAGACUGGACCUCUGCGAGUGGGGAGCUGAGAGGCGGCGGGCCGCAGUUGGGUCCUGCAGAAGCUUCUGCGGACGGAGUCCUAGCGAUGGGCGAUGCACAGGCGGAAGGGGAGGGUCCGCGCUGCGUCGGCUGCGGCGGGCGCGUCAAGACGCUCUUCGUGCAGUAUUCCCCGGGCAACAUCCGCUUGAUGAAAUGCGAUAACUGCAAGGCUGUUGCUGAUCCCUACAUUGAGUGCGAAUUCAUGAUUAUCUUGAUUGAUCUGAUCCUGCACAAGACAAGGGCGUACCGCCAUAUUCUGUUUAAUAAGCUGAGCAUGGGAUCAUCUGUUGACAAGGGAAUACUUUACCGGUCCACUUUGAUACAUAUUGCUCUUGACGCAUUCAGAAUAUCUUUUUCGAAAGGAAACAGAGCUGAUGGGGCUUCUUCCACAAGCAUUUUCUCUACAAUUUUCAAUUGCUUUGAGGUUAUUGGCGAUGCAUUGUUAGGGAACAUCAUAUUUAUGAUCAUGUUAUUCCUGGGAGUGCGGUUCAUUCUCAAACUAUCUUUCGACAUUACAAGGUAUAGAGAGGUUCUAUUCGCUGUUAUCAUUUCAAGCUACUUCAAGUUGUUUCUUUUCACAAUGAUGGUUUGGGAGUUUCCAUCAUCUGUUAUAUUCAUUGUUGAAAUGUUUGUUCUCUCAUCAAACGUUGUAGCCCUGAGAGCAUCAAGUGACACAUAAUCAAAGUUUUUCUAUUGAUCCUGCCAUGGCUGGAUGAAAAGGGGCUUUCUGUAAUCAAGAUCUCUAGUGAUGGGAUCAGACAGAUGUCCCCAGUUCUGCAUCUCGUUUCACAGUUUCCAAAAGCCCACUGUUUUGGGGUCUGCCUCAUGGCGCAUGCAGCAAAAUACUUGACCGAGAGAUGGAUCCUCAGGAAACCAUGAGCCUAAAGCCAUCCAGAUCAUCCUUGGAACUUCAAGCACGGCCCAAUCGGUAGACGAACUGGUACUCCAAUCCACCCCGCUUCUUCUAGCUCGCCGUGCAGCUCCACUCCAUGAUGAUGAACUUAGGCUUUAGCUAAUCAUUUUGGACGAAUUAUUUGUCUGUGUUGCUCCCCACCACCCUGUUAGUCGUUGUGGUCUUCUGGACCAUGCUACAACUGCACACGGCCUCUUGGCAUUGUUGCAGCACUGCACCGGUUGUUGAGCAAUCUUUUCCAUGUGUACUUGCCCCAAAGACGGAUAUGGCAUCUUACUUGUAGGUUGCCGCUGUGGUGUGUGGCUGGUCCUUGGUCCCUUUCCCCCUACUAACGGCCCAGGCAGCCUCGGCGUCUCCUGCUGACGAAAACAACGCAGCAAAGAAAGGACAUGUGACCAUUGUGUUUCGCAUGGCAGCGUUUCCUGGCUGCAGCUGCAGUCUGUCCUUAAGUGAUGCGGUGCCUACUGCUAUCGCUCGUGUUGGGCGACGCCAAGGCAGCAAGAUCUCUUGAGCUCAGGUUCAGACUCCUGAAUCUGAGCGGCAGUUCAGAUUCAGGGCAGGCUCACUCUGAUCUUUUAUUUUUUUAUUUUUUACCAUUGCCAACCUGAACGCAGCUUCAACUGGGACCAUGACGGCAGUGACGCGACCGGCAUCGCCUGCCUCGCUGUGCACCGACAAUGGUGGUUUCUGUGCUCGCGAUGAAGAUUGCUUGCCAUGAAGUGUUGAGGUGAUGGAUUACUGGAACUGAGCCCACCUGGCCACAUCUCUGUCCCACGGCUCCUAGCAUUUGAUUCUGAGGCUGACGCAUGAAUUCGUGACGAUAGUGACUGUAUCGGUGUGAGCUCACGGUUGUGUGAUUGUGUCAAUGGUACCGAACUACCGAUCACUUUACCCGAAAGCUUAGCCCAA